GCCACGCGAAGGCUGCAGUUACCAGGUUGUAUUAUUUCAUUUCUAUGUUCGAAAUGCCCUUACAUUUGAUUUACUUGCUCAAAGCAAUGUUAGGUGAUUGAGUUACAUAGGUUAUGUAUUGAUUGGUUAUGUUGUUGUGAUGGGUAAUGUUGAGAUACCCAAAUGGCUUAAAGGGUUGCCAUUGGCGCCUGAAUUUCGUCCAACUGAUACAGAAUUUGCAGACCCAAUUGCUUAUAUUUCAAAAAUUGAGAAGGAAGCUAGUGCUUUUGGUAUUUGUAAGAUUAUCCCACCAUUGCCAAAACCAUCCAAGAAGUAUGUUUUUGGCAAUUUGAACAAGUCACUUACAAAGUGCCCGGAUUUGGGUAGUGAUGUGGAUAUGCCAACUGCCUGUUCUCCAUCAAAAAUAGGUUCUGCAGACAGUGGUACUGAGGGGGAGGUUAGGGCGGUAUUUACCACUAGGCAACAAGAAUUGGGACAGAGUGGGAAGAGAGUGAAAGGGGUAGCUGAUAUUCCACUGCUUGGUGUACAUAGGAAAGUGUGGCAAAGUGGAGAGAUUUAUACAUUGGAACAGUUUGAGGUCAAGUCCAAGGCUUUUGCAAAAAGUCUGCUGAGUACAAUAAAAGAUGUUACCCCAUUGGUUAUAGAGGCUUUGUUUUGGAAGGUGGCUUCAGAGAAGCCUAUAUAUGUUGAAUAUGCAAAUGAUGUGCCUGGGUCAGGUUUUGGAGAACCAGAAGGUCAAUUUCGUUAUUUUCAUAAGAGAAGGAGGAGGAGGAAGAGGAUGUCUUACAGGAGGAGAGAAAGUUUUGACUGUGAGAAAAAUGAAGUGGCUAAUCCAAGCAAUUCUCACAAUGAUGAUAUCAAAGAUGCUUCAAUUAAAAGUGAUGCAAAAACAUGUUUAAAAGUACCUGGGUCAUCCAUGUCUACAUCAACUACUGCAUCAGAUGAAAAUUCUCAUUCUAGACGAAGACAUGUACAUGCUACAAAUGAUGUAGAGGGAACUGCUGGUUGGAAGCUUUCAAACAGUCCCUGGAAUCUUCAAGUAAUUGCACGUUCACCAGGUUCGCUGACGUGUUUUAUGCCAGAUGACAUUCCUGGUGUUACUUCUCCAAUGGUUUAUAUUGGGAUGUUAUUUAGCUGGUUUGCCUGGCAUGUUGAAGACCAUGAGCUUCACAGCAUGAAUUUUCUUCACACCGGUUCUUCAAAGACUUGGUAUGCUGUUCCAGGAGAUGAUGCAUUAGCUUUUGAGGAAGCUAUCCACAUGAAGGCUUAUGGUGGUAAUAUGGACCGCUUAGCUGCUUUAUCAUUACUGGGGGAGAAGACAACUCUUGUAUCACCUGAGCUAGUUGUUGCAUCUGGCAUUCCUUGUUGUAGGUUAGUACAGAAUCCUGGUGAAUUUGUUGUGACUUUCCCGAGGGCUUACCAUGUAGGAUUCAGCCAUGGUUUUAAUUGUGGGGAAGCUGCAAACUUUGGAACUCCACAGUGGCUUCAAGUAGCUAAAGAAGCUGCAGUGCGGAGAGCUGCUAUGAACUAUCUGCCAAUGCUUUCUCAUCAGCAGUUGCUAUAUGUGUUGACCAUGUCUUUUAUUUCAAGAGUGCCAAGAUCUUUGCUACCAGGUGCUCGAAGUUCUCGUCUAAGAGAUCGCCUCAAGGAAGAUAGAGAGUUGUUAGUGAAGAAGGCUUUUAUAGAAGAUAUGCUACAUGAAAACAACUUGUUAUCUAUUCUUCUUGGAAGAGGAUCAACCUGCCGAGCAGUAAUUUGGGAACCUGAGUUACUCUCUUAUCCCAGUAAAGACUCUGAAUAUCCCAGUGGAAACACUGCUGUUUCUACAGUAAAGCAAGAAACUGUUACUGAUAUCCAUUCUGAAAAUAAAAAUCAGUGUAACCUUUUAGAUGAGAUGAGCCUCUACAUGGAAAGGCUGAAUGAUUUAUAUUUAAAUGAUGAUGAUUUAUCGUGUGACUUCCAACUUGAUUCGGGGACGCUGGCAUGUGUGGCUUGUGGAAUUCUGGGUUAUCCAUUUAUGUCUGUGGUACAGCCAUCUGAGAGAGCAUCAAUGGAACUUCUAUCUGGAGAUCAUAUUUCUUGUCAAAGUCCAACAGUAUCAGAAGUUAAGACUUCUCUUUCCCAUCAAGAUAUGGCUUGCACCGUUGAGGGCUCUGUUUCAGGUUCUCUACCUCCAGAGGAUGUUCCUUUACCAUCAAUAAACAUGUGUAAGGGAUGGAAUACUUCCAAUAAAUACCUUAGACCUCGAAUUUUCUGCCUGGAGCACACUGUUCAAAUUGGAGAGCUAAUGCAGUCUAAAGGUGGAGCAAAUAUGAUGGUAAUAUGCCACUCAGAUUACCAAAAAAUCAAGGCUCAUGCUGCCGUCAUUGCAGAGGAAAUUGGUAGCACUUUCAAUUACAAUGAUGUUCCAUUAGAUACUGCUUCUGAGGAAGAUUUAAACUUGAUCAAUAUUGCAAUCGAUGAUGAACAUGCUGAAUGUGGUGAAGACUGGACAUCAAAACUUGGUGUUAACUUGCAACACUGUGUCAAGGUCAUAAAGAACUCCCCAUCCAAGCAAAUUCAACAUGCACUGCCAUUGGGUGGACUGUUCUCUGAGAAAAGUUGCAGUUCAGAUUUGUCAAACAUCAAAUGGACGUCCAGAAGAUCUCGUUCAAAAGCUAAAUUAGAUCAUCCAUUCCGCCCUAAACAAUGCAGUAGUGUUGAAUUGAAAAAGGAUGUAGUAUUGGCAGAAAAGGUGGAUGGCAAUAUCAUUAAAAAAGAACAAAAAAUUAUCCAAUAUUCAAGGCGGAAGAAGUCAAAACUUAAUUGUUUUACUGGAGUGAGUAGGGGCCUUGAGUGCCCUAAUAAGGACCUUGCAAUGGAACAGUCAGCUGCUAAAUGUGGGUUUUCUGACAUGCCUGGUAGAAUAGUUGAAGUCACCAACCAAAUGAGCAUGACUUCUGCUUCACACCUUGCUGAUUCACCUGCUAUUGCCAACUUAGUUGCAGGAAGUUUAGAGAUAGUUGGAAAUCAAAUAUCAGAGGCCUUGAACAUAAGGGGAAAUGCUUGUAAUUUGGCAGCCUGCAAUAAUUCUGAGAUGCAAGUCAAAAUCAAGGUCACUGACAGAAUCAGUGAGAAUAAUGAACAUUCUUUCUCUGAUAAAUUUUCUACUUCAUAUGCCAGUAUAACUGAGGAAAGACUUGGGGAGAAUGUUAGAAUUUCUAGGGAAGCUGGUGAUGGAGUUUCUGAAGAACUGCGUGAAGGACUGCCCAGCAGGAGUGUGUUGAUACACAAGGAUCAUUAUACUGUUAACUCAGCAGGUUUACUUGUUUCUGACUCUUCUGCAGCAAGAGCUAAUGCAAAAUUGGAGGGUGAGGAGGCUUAUGUGAAUAGUGGGGUUCAUGAUAUUAUCACUUCUGAUACUAAACUGCAGCAAGAAAUACAAGCUACUCUCCAAGGUCACAAUGGGGAGAACGUUUCAUGUGACAAUAAGCUGAUAAUGGAUAAGCCUAGCUCUUCUUCCAUAUGUGAGAGUAGUGAACAUUUGAUGAAUGUCUCUGCUGCUGCUGAUUUCUCCAUUGGUUUGUCCUUGGAAGAUAAAGCAUGGGAAGCAAGCAAGACUACAAAUGAAAGCAAGGUGGAACCAGUUCUGAGUUCUGUCACACCCACAAAAUGUGCUGAUUCUGUUUUGAUGGAGAAAAUUCUCAAUGUUCCAAAACAGCCCCAUGCUAUGGCUGAUUCAUCCAGUGGUCUUUCUGUAGAGAACAAAGUAACACCACAUGAAAUCCAGAUGGAAGAUGCGAGCAAGCCUGAAACACACUCAAAUUCUGUUGCAAAAAUGGCAGUUGAUAAGCCAUUUAUUUUGUCAUUGAAAGAGAGAAUCAGUGCUGAGGAAGACCUUCAUACCGAUGUGACUUUGGACAUUGAAGUUCAGCAAGAAAUUCAGGAUGCAAAAGGAGCCAAUGUUAUUUCUAGUUCCAAUAUGCAACUUAAACAAAAGCAACUCUCUCCCACAUUAGCAGAAGCAUGCUCUGAAGUUCCAAUGGAGCCCUGUGCUAGAGAAAUGUUGUGUGCUAAUCCAAUCAAUGAUGAUGACAGAUCUGAAAAGGACUUGACCGCAAAAGAAAUUGAUGAAGAAGAAUCUGUUUCUUGCUGUGUUACACCAAUAAAUGAGCCUACUCCUAAUUCAAUUCAAAAGUAUUCGAGAAUUCAGAAAGAGAAAUGUGCUACCGAGAACAUGCAUCAUGGCAGUGAAGCUUCAUCAUCACCAGACAGUAGAGAAAAUGUGAACAUUGAGCCUGCCGUGGAAGAUGGCAUAUCAAGUGCUUCAAAUGAAAGAAAAAGGAAGAGAGAAGUGGAGCACAAGGCAGAAAAGAAGUUCAGCAACAAUGGCUUUAUUAGGAGUCCAUGUGAAGGAUUGAGGUCAAGGGCUACGAAAGAUGCAGCUGCUGUGGUUGAUAUUAGCAGUACAAUGCAAAUGAAGCUCAAUAAACAGGAGGUGAGGGAGCCUUCAAUUUCCAUCCAGAAAAAGCAAAAAAAUGCAAAAGCAGUUCGGAAAGAGUCUCAUAAGUGUGACAUAGAAAACUGCCGCUUGAGUUUUGAGACAAAGGAAGAGCUGCGGUUACACAAACGCAACCGGUGCCCACAUGAAGGCUGUGGAAAGAAGUUCCGGUCCCACAAAUAUGCAGUCCUUCAUCAACGUGUUCACGAGGAUGAUAGGCCUCUCAAGUGCCCGUGGGAGGGUUGUUCAAUGUCAUUCAAAUGGGCAUGGGCAAGGACUGAGCAUAUAAGAGUGCACACUGGAGAGAAGCCAUACCACUGCAAAGUUGAAGGCUGCGGCCUCUCUUUCAGGUUUGUAUCAGAUUUUAGCCGACAUAGACGAAAAACGGGGCAUUAUGUGGACUCAUCAUCCUGAAAGCUUAUCUUUGUAACUAGAGUGGUUCUGUGCUAUAUAUGGUGGGCAAAAGAUUGGGACCUUUGACAGACCCCAGAAUCAUGUACAAUGUUGAGUUUUUCAUCUUAGGUACAGGUUUUAGGGUUAGACUAAUCCUUUUGUAGGUGCAGCAUUCUCCAAUCUUACGAAUGCAGUUAGUUAUAGUUGAACAUUGAACAUGAACACCCUGUUCUGAGUUUCUCUCAAUUAUUACAUGUCAAUGUCUUCCGGACAGGACCAUUAUUUUCUCUAUGAAAUCUCCAAAAUCAUGUUUUUAGU